UUCUGAGUUUAAAGACGGGCGUCUCUUUAUUUCAGACUGUCUGUCUUCUGCAGCAGAAGCGGCGUUGGUAUAAAGAUGUCCAGCGGCUGGGGUGCAAAAGAUCACAAGAACUACUCCAACCCUCCGAGCUCUGGGGUCAAGCGACCAAGAAGCGACUUGGGGAACAAAGUCACAGUCGUUCUUGGAGCGCAGUGGGGAGAUGAAGGGAAGGGGAAAGUGGUCGAUCUGCUUGCAACAGAAUCUGAUUUAAUUUGCAGGUGCCAGGGUGGAAACAAUGCCGGUCACACAGUGGUGGUGGAGGGAAAGGAGUAUGAUUUCCAUCUCUUACCCAGCGGGAUCAUCAACCACAAAGCCAUUUCCUUGAUUGGAAACGGUGUUGUCAUACAUCUGCCUGGCUUGUUUGAAGAAGGUGAUAAAAAUGAGAAGAAAGGAUUAAAAGACUGGCAAAAAAGAUUGAUCAUUUCAGAUCGAGCUCAUAUUGUGUUUGAUUUUCACCAGAAAGUGGAUGGGCUUCAGGAAGUCGAGAGAGAAGAACAAGAUGGGAAAAACAUUGGAACUACCAAGAAGGGAAUCGGGCCGACAUACUCUAGUAAAGCAGCGAGAACUGGCCUCCGGGUGUGUGACUUGCUUGCUGACUUUAAGGAUUUCUCUUCAAGAUUUAAGCAGUUGGCCCAGCAAUACCAGUCUAUGUUUCCCAGUCUGGAGAUAGACAUUGAUGGUCAACUGAAAAAACUAAAGGACUAUGCUGAGAGAAUACGCCCCAUGGUGAGGGAUGGUGUCUAUUUCAUGUAUGAAGCUAUUCAUGGACCUCCAAAGAAAAUCCUAGUAGAAGGUGCCAAUGCGGCCUUGCUUGACAUUGACUUUGGCACAUACCCAUUCGUCACCUCAUCGAACUGCACCGUGGGAGGGGUGUGCACUGGCCUGGGGAUCCCCCCACUCAACAUUGGGGAGGUCUACGGGGUGGUGAAAGCCUACACCACACGAGUGGGCAUUGGAGCUUUCCCCACAGAGCAGAAUAAUGACGUUGGAGAACUGCUCCAGACCAGAGGCCAUGAAGUAGGCGUGACCACGGGUAGGAAGAGGCGCUGUGGUUGGCUGGAUCUCGUCAUCCUGAGAUAUGCAAACAUGAUUAAUGGCUUCACUGCUUUAGCUUUAACUAAACUGGAUAUCCUGGAUGUUAUGGAUGAGAUUAAAGUGGGAACCGCCUACAAGUUAAAUGGGAAGAGAAUUCCAUAUUUUCCAGCUAACCAAGAGGUCCUGCAGCGAAUAGAGGUGGAUUACGAGACCCUGCCGGGCUGGAAGACAGACACCACUGCUGCCAGGAAGUGGGAUGACCUGCCGCCCAAGGCAAAGAACUACAUCCGAUUUGUGGAGAACCAUAUCGGUGUUCCUAUUAAAUGGGUUGGUGUUGGAAAGGCCCGAGAGUCAAUGAUCCAGAUGUUCUGAAUACCCGUCUGCCUCCACUCGAUCAAGACCACGAGGCUCCCUGACAGCCUGCUCAACACACUGUAGUUCCAAGUGAUGUUCAUGGUGAUGCAUAAAUAGUGGAAAUCAACUGAAUCUUUACUAGGCAAUAUGAGUGGUGACACUUUAAAAAGAGACAAAGGUGUGGUCUGAGGUUUUAAACUAAAAGCCAUACCCUUUAUUGGCAUCUGUACUGUUUUCACUGCAAUUGAAUUUCUUACACGUUUUUUUAAUGUAUCUAAUUUGAAACGUCUCUGAAAGGACAACACUACUGAGUGUCCCUCUCUUCCAUUUUGGUCCGCACUUAUUGACUGAAGUCCUCCUUGCUUUCUUUGGUGGACUGAGACUGAGUUCCUUUCCCAUUAGUGCUUUGCUGAAACUGUGGUUGAAAUACGCUAGUAGAUGUUUUGAUCAACAUAGAGGGAGAGAGAUGUUCUUCAGAGCAGUGAAAUAAACAAUGGUACAAGCUUAAGGAAAUAGGUAUGAAAGGGAGGAGAAUGGAUUUGAAACUCUUGGUUACUAGCCCUGCCCUGAGGAUUCUCUCCAAGUAUGUCACCAGUAUGCCCCUCACUUGAAUUUAUUGUGGCUCAUCAGCAUGGUUUGUAUUGUUUCUUUGAACCCAGUCUAUCCAACACUUGUACAAUUUAAAGCUUAUCUGCAAGACAGUUGUAUUUUUUAUUAUAAUUGCAUUAUAUUUUUUUCUGUAAACCAUAGGGACAUAUUGGACAAAUGAUUAAAAAGCUUGCUGAAAA